GAGGAAGAAAAGAGAGCCCGCCCCGGAGUGUGAGGAGCCCAAACUGAAGCCCAGCCACUCGUUCGGCAACAUCUGCAACGGCGCCUUCUCCUCGGAUGAGGAGCCGGGCAGCGGGCUGAGAUCCUCACAUUAUUCUAUGGGCAGUAGAGCUUUUUCCCAUGACAGUAUUUUCAUACCUGAUGGGAGAACAGAGAGUGAACAGGCCAUUCAAGCAAUGUCACAGGAGAACGUUUUAGGAAAAGUCAAAAUUCUUCAGCAACAGUUGGCCAAAAAUAUAAAAUUUGGGCAGCCUCCACAAAUGACAAUUUCUGCGAGGACAAUGGGGGAAGCAAACGCCAGCACAGAAGAUGAUGCCUUGAUCAGCAGCCCCAUGGAGAUUGAGACCCAGCAGGACACAGUGAUCUCAGACUGCAGUAAUAAACCCACUGACACUCCAGAUUUCUUGAGAAAAAUGAAUUUUCUUGGAACGGGACAUGAAAUGGAAGAAAAGAUCACUCCAGUUAAAUCAGCUCGGCCAAAAAGACAGUUUUCCUGUUCUGGCACAAUUGAAACAAUCAAUUUGGAUUCAGUUCCCCAGGCUCUUGCUCGUCUAGACAACAGUGCAGCUAAGCACAAACUGUCAGUGAAGCCAAAAAAGCAGAGGAUGUCAAGACAGCACAAGAGAUUGACAAAGGGAUCACAAAGCUUAACAAUAACAGAAUUUGAGCCAGAGGACCUAGAAAUUCAGCUGUAUGAGGACAUAUACCCAGCUUAUAAUGGACGCUUCACAGCAGAGAAGCUAAUCCAGGACAGAGAUGAGCAGAAGCAUCUUCAGCCGGCAGAGGAAAAAAGAAUUCAAGAUCACUGGGGUAUCCUUGAAGCUGAAAGGAUAAGACAGAUUGUAGAAAUGGAAGAACAAAGAGAAAUGGAAGAAAAAAGGUGCCAAGAACUUGAGGAGAUGCGGAAAGAGCAGGAAAAAAGACGCUGCGAAGAAGAGAGGAGGCAAUACCUCCUUGAAGGAGAGACAUCUUUGAAAACAGAAGAGCAAACACACAAUGAAGAGGAAAGACUGAUGAAGGCUGAAAAAAGGCAAGAGCUGGAGGAGCAGAUGCAGAAGGAGUUGGAGGAUCAACAAAGACAAGACCUGGAGGAGAAGAGGCACUGGGAAGUGGAGGAACAGCAGAGACAAGAGCUGGAAGUGCAGAAGCUCAAGGAACAGGAGGAACAGCAGAGACGAGAGCUGGAAAUGCAGAAGCUCAAGGAACAGGAGGAACAGCGGAGACGAGAGCUGGAGGAGCAGAAGCUCAAGGAACAAGAAGAGCAACAGAGACGAGAGCUGGAGGAGCAGAAGCUCAAGGAACAAGAAGAGCAACAGAGACGAGAGCUGGAGGAGCAGAAAUAUCAGGAAUUGGAGGAGGAGAAGCAUCAGGAAUGGGAAGAGCAGAAGCACAAGGAUAUGGAGGAGAAACAAAGCCAAGAGCUGGAGGAGCAGAAGAAGCCAGCACUGGAAGAAUUAAGGCAACGUAGGACUGAAAAAGGCAGUCAAAAGGAAGAAGAAAGAAACUGGCUGGAGGAACAAAAAGAGCUCAAGAAACAAAAUAAGGAAGAAAUACAGCGACAAGAACUAGAAAAGAAAGAGCUUGAAGAAGUUGAAAUAAAACUGAAACAGGAGAAAGAGCCUGAGAGCCUCAAACAAGAGAAGAAACAGGAGGAGCAACGACAGGACUUGAAGGAGAAUGAAGAGACAGAGAAGGAACAACCCCAGCAAGUGAUGGAUAAGAAAAAGAAACGGGAAGAGCAGAGGAAACACAAACUCACAAAACAAAUGCACAUGGAAAGCUCAGACUGUAUUCUACAAGAUGAACUGAAGCAGCAAAAGGAACAAAAUGGACAUGAAUGGAACAAGCUGAAAGAGCAGAAGGUAGACACAGAAAGACAAAAUCUUCAGCCAAAACAAGAAAAAUCCUUGGAACAGCCACAGGAAAAAGAUCAGUUGUGUUCUGCUGGAGAGGCUGAUAGGCAUCUAGCAGAGGAAAAGCUCCAAGAAGGAUCAAGUUCCCAAAAAGUCAAACAGCCAGAAAAAGAGACUAAAACAGCAGAAGAAAUGCUAGCCCAGAAACUGAAGAGAGAAGUUGAGGCUCAGGAGCAAAAACGCAUAGGGGAAGAACUUCGGUGGCAAGAGGUAGAUGAAAGACAAACUGCAUCCAGACCCUUCACAUUUCAAGUGUCUUCUGGAGAUAAACAGAUAAUAUUUCAGAAAGUAAAUCUGAGUCCUGUUAUGCCCAUCAAAGGAGCAGGACUCUCUUCUCCAUCUGUCAAAGACUGCACAGUGCACACUACCAGUAAGGGCUCUCAUUCCCUCCCAUCAUCUGUGUGUGUACCUCACACAGCUAUUUUGGUUACUGGAGCACAGCUGUGUGGCACAGCAGUGAACUUGAACCAGAUUAAGGACACGGCUUGCAAAUCAUUACUUGGCUUAACAGAAGAGAGGAAAAAUGUGGAUAUUCCCUCUCCAGAGAAGUCUGAGAGAAAAAAACAGGAUCCCAAACCCAGCAGCAGUAAAAUGAAACAUGCACAAGAGGCAUUGAACAACCAGGCUGUACUGGCCGAGUGGGCCUCUAUCCGCUCCAGAAUCCUAAAGAAUGCAGAAAACAACAAAUAUGAGCGAGACCGAGUAACUGUCUGCAGGCACAGUGAUGACUGGACACCCCGAGGACGUGGAGCUCCCCACGGCAAUCUGAGGAAAACCCUCUCUGCAAAUGCAAAGUUCUCCAUAACACCAGCAUGGCAGAAAUUUUCAGACGCUUCAAAAUCCAAUUCAGAUGCUGAGAAUGUAAAUGUGGCAAAAGGCAAUGAAACAGUGGCUGUGGGGAGAACCACUGACUCAUCUGCUGAUUCAAAGGAGGAUGUCGUUUCCACUUUUAAGGAUAACUUAGCUGAAAAGCCUAAGGAGAAAACAGAAACCCAUAGGGAAGUGACAGACAGCACUGAAGGUUGUAAAUUUGCAAAAGAUCUUCCAUCAUUCCUUGUUCCAAGUUUUCCACAUUCUAUGGGGAAGGAAUUACCCCAGCCAGAACUUCCCAAUGCUCCGGAAAAUCAGCAGAAUAACAGCACAAAAAAAGCAGAUAAACCACCAUCAAAUGGAGAAGAAAAUGUUUCUCCUUUCGGGAUAAAGUUACGACGGACAAACUACUCUUUACGUUUUCAUUAUGAUCAACAGGCAGAACAAAAGAAAAAGAAAAGAUACAGUGCAGGAGACAGUUUUGAUGGUGUGCCUGACCCACUCACCUCAACAGAAGGUGACAAAGAAUCCUCUGUUUUCACUCCACAAGAAAGUACCUCCCCUGGAACUGGGAGAGCAAACAUCCCUGGUAAUUUAAAAGACUCUUCAGUUACUGUGGUGGAGUUUUCACCACCUGUGGGCACAUCAGGGGUCCCACCAGCCACUGGCCAGAGUGCUCUACCUCCUCAUGAGAAACCAGCAAGCAAGUCACUGGUCUCACAGAAACCUGCUUUGGCUCCAAAGCCCACCAGCCAGACCCCACCAUCAUCUCCUCUCUCUAAAAUGAACAGAUCAAACCUGUCUGAAAUGCUGGGGCAAAGGGUGGUUAAAGCUGAAUCAGAUGGUGGCUGGAGAAAAGAAGACAGAGCAAAUGCAGCCCAACCCAUACCAUCCAAUGACUGCAAAAAUGAAGAGGAAGAAAUCAAAGAGAGGAAGUCAUUUUUCCCAUCUCUAAGUAUUCCAUGGAGAGAAAAAAAUGACAAAAAGCCUGAGCCAUUGAAGAAAGAAAAGCCUGUCCUUCAGAGCAGGCACUCUUUAGAUGGCUCAAAAUUGUUGGAAAAAGUGGAAACUUCACAACCACUUUGGAUUACAUUAGCACUGCAAAAGCAAAAGGGAUUUCGUGAGCAGCAAGCUACGAGAGAGGAGAGAAGACAAGCCAGAGAGGCAAAACAAGCGGAGAAACUGGCUAAAGAAAAUGCUGCUGUAAGCAAUCAGUCAGAUAACAAAAGUAGCAGCAGCAAAACAAGCACACUUCAGAAAUCUACAACUCAAGAAGGAGAGAAGAAAAUUGAGACUGCUGUGUCAAGACUAGAAAGAAGGGAGCAUCUAAAAAAGUCGAACACCCUUCCAACUUCUGUGACAGUGGAAAUUUCAGAUUCUGUUCCAUCAACCCCAGUGACAAAGGAGGUGGCCAAAAGAUUCUCUACACCUGAUGCUAACCCAGUGUCAACAGAACCAGCCUGGCUUGCACUAGCCAAGAGGAAAGCAAAAGCCUGGAGUGAUUGUCCACAGAUCAUAAAGUAAACUGUGAAGUUACAUCUCUGUUGCUGACUAUUGAUUUAUUUAUUCUGCUUUUUACACAUGACAAAACUGAAAAUGCAUGUAUUGGAAGGACUGAAAACUGAACUGAUUACCAUUUUGCUCUAGCUCACUGUAAAGCCUACACAAGUCAUAUAUUCCAUUGCUUCGACAAAAAGCUAAAGGAGGUCAUGGCAAAAAUCUCUCAGCCAGACUCUCUCAAAAACUUGAGUGCUCAGAUACUGGAUGUAAAUUUUAGCAGGUAUCAUAAAAAGGGCCAGACAGAAUAAGGAUUCAGAAGCUUCUUAAAUUCUGUUGGUAUUCAGUUCUGGAAUUUUAGAUCUCUAUGUUUGAGAUCUCAGAAAUUUUUUCAGAACUUUGUUGUUGAAAUUAAGGAAAGAUGCAUGUUUCCUUCUCUUAAGUCAUAAUUUAUUUAAACAUGUUAAACUGUAUGAACUGCCAGUUCUGCCUGCUAUUUGAAAGCUUUUUCACUAUGGAAGAGCUUCAGAAUACACUUUUUCACAUGCAAAUGAUAAAUAGAUGGUACCAUCCAAAUGCUGUGGUAAUUUCUUUCAUCAUAGGAUUAAUACACUACAUUUAUAUACCCUCACUUCUAAGAAGAAUUAAUCCUACUUAAAAAGCCACAAUUUUUAAAUAAAUAUCAUUAAGCUCUCAGAAAGAAGUCAGGGAUUCACUGCUGCUUCUAGUCAUUUAAGUGCAUCACUGUUUGUGCUUGGCCAUAUUUAUGCUGCACAGAGACAGUGAUUGUGUAUUACAACUUCAAAUCAAUUCACUGGAAUUAAACUGUUCCUGUGUGAAUGCAAAUUCCUGUAGAAUUUGUCUCAGUAAGUUCCCACUGGAGCAGGGCUGGCAGAACUGAAGUUAACUGAGAACUGAAAGCUAAGUCGGUGAGAGUUUUAGGAGUUUUAACUCUGCAUCCUAACCGAUUUUACUCCAUGUGCAACAUCAGGCAGUUCAGAUAACUUCUUGUACUUUGACCAGCACAGCCAGAACACUUCAAAUAGAGGUUUUUUUACCCCAUCUCAGGUAUCUGGUGUGGCAAUUGAACACUUUAUUACUUCACGUAACUAAAACAGAAAUGUCCACCCCCUCCCUCUUACAAAAAAAAGGAUAAAGUCCAUAGAUGUAAUAAAAACGUCACUAUCCUCAACAUCCCACAGAAAUCUCUAGGUCUGCAUUUUAAAAUGUCACCCUAUUAAAUAAAUCAACAGAGUUUGUUUUACAAGGGAGACUUUAAAAAAAACCCACAGGGCUCAAAGGAGCUUUUAAGCCUACAACAUCAUAAAGGGAGAUAUUUUCAUGAAAAGAAAUAACAUCAUUAUAGAAUGAUACAACAGAUGCUUCAUGGAAGUGUUUUAGCCAAACUGCUGUAAGCAGCAUGAGAAACAGCAUUUUAAACUAUGCAGAAAACAGAACAAAACCUGUUAUACACUCUGUUCCCACAAUCAAAAAGGAGUUUCAGCAAAAGUCAUUGUCAAGUACAGCCUUUCCCAGCGAACAGAAGACAGAGGCUCAGUAUCAUGGUUACAGUAGCACAAACACAACAGAUGUGUUAGAUCAAGUACAUGUGCAGAAGCAAGAUGGGCUUUCUUGGGUGUCUUAAGCCAUCAAUUUUGCUCAGCUUCAUAUUUAAAACCAGAAUCUCUAAAGUAACCUUUACCAUGAAUAUAAGUAAUGAACAUGUUUUAAGCAGAAAUGAGACAAUGCUGCUCUCAACUGCUUGGGAAAAAACUUAAUGCCUUCAAUAUUUGAAGAAAGAACUGGCCCUGUAAUUACUUUUGCUCUGCUAGCACCAGGAAUUAGUGCAUCUUAAAUUUACAUUUUUCCCAAGUUUAUUUGCCUGCAGUAUGGAUAUGUAAUAACUAAAUGGCCUGAAAUCCAUUUUUACAAUUAUGUCUUGGGAGGGGGAGCCAGGUAGAAAUACAGAGAAGGUGAAAUAAAUCAGGAUUAAAGAUACCGGUAUUUUGAAAAGCAUAGCAAAAUUAGGUGCUACUGUGCAUGACAUAAGAAUGCAAUUUUCCAAUACAAUCCAUUUAUAGCACAUAGAUUAGAGCUUUCAUUAAGGAUGGUCCUAAGCUAAAGCUUCAAAGCAGAGUUUUUUUUUCAACCAUAAAGGUAUCUAGUGUAACAAUGGAAACUGUACAGUACUUGAUGGAAACAUUUCUAAAGUGUACAUGUGCAACAGUGACAUUUCAUGUUAAAUUAACAAAGAUUUGCACUAAAUACCAAUGAAGAGAAGUGUUACUUUGCUUUAGCUUUGUUGCAACCAUUUCUGAUAAAGUAUUGGAAAUCUGUAAAAAUAAAUCCAAAACACUACUACCCAGUUUAAAACAGAAAAAAUGUUUUAAGAACCGAAUAAACCACUAUGUAGUAUAUUGUCUCAAUUUUUUGUAACUUAUACAAACACAAAAUACCAUUUCUUUUGACAAGGUUAUAUAUGAUUAACCUCUAUGUUCAUAUAGUAAUGUAUAAAAACUACAAGAUGUAUAAUUGUGGGGUAUUUGUUGUGUACUUUUUUAAUUUUUCAAAUGUUUUAAAGUGCAAUUGUUUAUUAUACUGUCAUUUUAAUUCUUAUUAAACUAUAACCUGGUCAAAAUUA